ACUGACGAUUCGCAUUAUUAAAUUUGGCAAUGAUUUACACCAGAUGCCCUUCCUGACGCAACCCUCUCAAUUUAUCCAGGCUUGGGACCGGCACAGAAGUCAAUGGACGGUGACCCCCAUGGCUAGAUUACUUGCCCUAAAUAAUAAUAAUAAUAAUAAAUGAAACAGUACUUUUCAGACAUGAUGGUCAUGGUGUAAGGUGUGUCUAGCUGAGUGUUAGGAUUACUAGGAGAACACUUUGAUAAUCUGACUGUGCAUUUCCUCUCAUUAGGACAGUAUUAGUGCACCACAGUUAUCCAGUGAGCUGAUACACUAAUUUCUCAAAAUUUAUGCACACGUUUCCAUAAUAUUUCUUUUUAAUUCUUAUUUUUGUAACCAGAAACAAAUAACAAAGCUGCAAAAAACAAUACACUUACCUUGUAUGCUGCAUUCGUCUUCUGUUAAACUCACAUUGGCUCUUUCUAAAAUGUAAAUUAAUAAUGGCGGAGGUGCCCUCCUCAUGGGAAAUGUAGUCCAUUUGCUCUUCUGGGUACGCUUCUUUGUAUUGAUAAAAGGAUGGCGAAAAACUACAACUCUCCGGUUAAAUAUUAAAAAGCAAAUUAUUAUAUUGGCUAUACACUUAGCGCUUACACUUUUAAUAAAACAUGCCAUGUUCAGUUUGUUUUUCUCUUUUAUUUCAGAUUUCUGUUAUCUGACUCUGGAUCCCAACACGGCACAUCGUAACCUCAUUCUCUCUGAGAAGAACAGAGCGGUGAGACGCAGUGAGAGAAAGCAGCAGUACUCUGAUCAUCCAGAGAGAUUUGAUUACUGGCUUCAGGUGCUGUGUAAGGAGAGUGUGUGUGGACGCUGUUACUGGGAGGUGGAGCGGAGCGGUGCUGGUGUGUUCAUAUCAGUCUCAUAUAAAGACAUCGGCAGGAAAGGAGAGGGUAAUGAGUGUGGGUUUGGAUACAACAAUCAGUCCUGGAGUCUGUGGUGUUCUUCUUCUUCUUCUUCUCUCUGUUUCUAUCACAACAACAUUGAGACUGAUCUCAGAGUUCCAUCAUCCUCCAGAAUAGGAGUGUAUGUGGAUCACAGUGCAGGAACUCUGUCCUUCUACAGCGUCUCUGACACGAUGAAGCUCCUCCACAGAGUCCACACCACAUUCACUCAGCCUCUAUACGCUGGGUUCAGGAUCUAUUUGUUAGAUGAAGAUCUAACUGUGAGACUGUGUGAUCCAAAAUAAAGUGUGUAGUGUUUUAUGUAAAAUUCCUGCACAUUGCCACAUUGUUGCUCAGUCAUCUGUCUCACUAGCACACAAUCCAUCUGCACAAAAACACACUCAUUUAAAUGUAUUCAUUAAAACAGAUUAGUAAUUUUACAAUAAUUAAAAAGGAAAUGUUAAAAAUGAACUGUCAGACAAGAAACUAGUAGAAUUUCAGAAGAAAAGGAUGGAGGAGUGAGAAGUGCAACGCGCGAGUUGUGCUGAAAUCGGUGACGCAGAGAAAUCUGUGACUAGAGGUCACUGUUCAGUAAAUGUUCAAGAUUGCAGCUUCUGUCUUUUCUGUUUGUGUUUUUUGAUUGUGAUUGUUAAUUAAACGAUGUGU